ACUGUAGAAAGUCAGACAAUCAAUCCUCACAACGGACAAGUUAUUUUAGCAUUACUUGUGUUGAAAUAAUUCAAGACAUCACCCGCACUGUAAGAUACAUGACCAAUACACCAUGGGAAAUGAAACCACAGACUUCACCGACUGGCCACUGACAACAGAAUUUGACUACAGUGAUUCAACGCCUUGCCCUGCAACUGAGGAAAAGCACUUUGCAGCAAAUUUUUUGCCACCUCUUUAUUCUUUAGUGUUGAUAUUUGGCCUGACAGGCAACAUGCUUGUUGUCCUUAUCCUGGUAAAAUACAAGAGGCUGAAGAGUAUGACUGACAUCUACCUGCUCAACUUGGCCAUUUCUGAUCUGCUGUUUGUAUUUUCUCUCCCUUUUUGGGCUUAUUAUGCAGUUCACGACUGGAUUUUUGGGGAAGCACUGUGUCGAAUUCUGUCAGGUGUCUACCUCCUUGGCUUCUACAGUGGCAUCUUUUUCAUAAUCCUCUUGACUCUGGACAGGUACCUGGCCAUAGUGCACGCAGUGUUUGCUCUGAAAGCCAGGUCAGUUGCCUACGGCAUCCUCGCCAGCGUUGUCACUUGGGCUGUUGCUAUUCUUAUUUCUGUCCCUGGGGUGGUAUUUCACAAAACUCAGAAGGAAAGUUCAGGCUAUACUUGCAGUGCUCAUUAUCCAUCAGAGCAGAGAAAUGCAUGGAAGCAAUUCCUCACCUUAAAAAUGAACAUCCUGGGACUUCUUAUUCCAAUGUUAAUCAUGAUCUGCAGCUACACACAAAUUAUAAAGACGUUACUGCAAUGUAGGAAUGAGAAGAAACAUAAAGCAGUCAGGCUUAUUUUUAUAAUCAUGAUUAUCUACUUUUUUUUCUGGGCACCAUACAACAUUUGCAUUCUCUUGCGUGAUUUUCAAGGUGCAUUUUCCAUCUCUACUUGUGAAGGGAAUGGUCGACUGCACAAAGCAAUUCAAGUGACAGAAACAAUCUCAAUGAUCCAUUGUUGUAUCAACCCUAUAAUUUAUGCCUUUGCUGGAGAAAAAUUUAGGAAAUAUCUUCGCAGCUUUUUCCAUAAACAGAUUGCAGUCCACAUGUCUAAAUUGUGUCCUGUUUUCUAUGCUGAUACAGCUGAACGAGCAAGCUCCACAUACACACAAUCUACUGGAGAACAAGAAGUUUCUGCUGCAUUAUAAGUUGUGUCCAGUGAAAAUAUGGAAUUGUGAGAUCAACUCUGUGAUGAAUGGCUGCUGAAUCUCUCCUGGAUAUCGUCUUUAAGGCAGCUACAAAAAACCCCACAAACAAACAAACAAACAAACAAAACCCCACGGAAUACAUAUUUACCAAAGUUUGCAUUUGCUUACAGACUUGGGUAUUUGCAAAUAAAUGAAAAGGAUGUAUCAAGUUACCUGACUGGGGGCCUAAGCUUGCCAGCUAAGAGAUUUUUUGAAGUGAACUAGAGGUUAUAAAGUUACACUGGUUCUUUGGAAACAUCUCUCGACUGUACAUUAUACAAGGUACCUCGCUCAUUUAAACUCAGUCUCAGUCAUAUUUUUUACUAGUCUGGUUGUGUAUCUCUAAAAAUAAUGCUAAAUUACUAAGGUCUGUCAUACAGCAUGGAAUGGAAAAUUUUAUGCACUUAGAAUGGACUCUGAUAUUUCAUGGUAUAUUUUCCUUUGUGUAUGGUUGAGUCCUAAUCACUUAGAUUUUUCUCAGAGUAGCUCUAACUUCUAGGGCCUAAUACCUGAGUGACUUUUGAGUUCAAUACUUCUGAAGGCUCUCUUUUACUCGUCUCAUGUUUUAUAUGCUACUCAUGCUAAAAUGAUAAUGUAAUUGAUCUGUCAUUAAAAAGCUAAUAUCCUGUAGCUGUUCAGGAAAUCAGUGUGGUAAUAGUAUUUUAAAACUAAAGUAUUUCAAAUGAAGCUUUAAUCAGGUUAGAUUCAACAUGAAGAGUGAGUCAACAGUGUUCUAGCUUUUUAGUGCAGUGAUUUUGCUUGCUAUUUUUGUAGCCUACAUAGGAGAAAAACUUUUAAAAAAAUUAAUGCAGGCGUAAUGGCUG